CCAAGCUCCAAUUUUCCCUCGCCAGGCGUCAGCCGCUUCUAAUACCCGGCACUCCACGCGCUGGUGCGCUUUCUUCGUCGUAUUCCCGAUGGCACCAACCCAAUCCCCGGCAAUCAUCCCAAAAGAGAGCCUGCGCCGCCGAUGCACUACCUACUUAAUCGCAAAACUACCGGGAACUAGCUCCAAUCCCACCGCCUGUGGGUCUUGUAAUUAUGGCUGAGUUUAUAACCAUUGACCUGCAUCCCAUCCUGUUCUUCGAUCUGCCCGAGACUACCUCCUACCCCGAAGAACACUGCUUCUCAAGGAUGUAGAUGCAUUCUUCGAGCCAUGGCCGAUCCAGCAACUGAGCGACUUCCGUCACCAGAGCCGUCAGACGCCGGCGGUGAAGCUCCGGGAAUAAACGCAAGCAGCCCGGGCAUAAACACGCAUGGUGCACGGGAAUCCCAACCCACAACCGCACGAAGUUCUGAUACGAGGUUCGAUGCGAAGAACGACACCGAAGAUGUGCCUGAGAGCGAGGAGGAAGGUCCUGGGGAGAUCGUUUACCACUACCUUACGUACACGACCGAACUACCUCAACCAACAUCAGUAUGUCCGACUAGAGCGGACCAACCGCCGGCACCCGAGGCGCCCAACUUGAAAAAAUUCGAUUCCCCGUUCGACUGGCCUGAGACUCGGAAGAACAUGACGAUCUAUUUUUCUUGCUUCAUCACAGCUUUGACUGCGUUCUCGGCUGGAUCGUACUCACCAGGUGUGGGCCAGAUGACUGAGGAGUGGCACGUCAGCAGCGUUGCCGCUUUCGUUGGGAUAACAACUUUCACUUGCGGGUUCGGAGUUGCGCCUAUGAUCCUCGCACCGUUUUCCGAGAUCAACGGCCGCCGUCCCGUCUUCAUCGCUUCAGGCAUACUCUUCGUCAUCUGCCAACUAUGCACAGGCCUUACACAAUCCUAUGCCGGCAUGCUCGUCGUACGCUUCUUUACCGGCGUAGGCGGAUCUACCUUCUCCACCAUGGUUGGCGGCGUCGUCUCAGACAUCUACCACGCCGAAGAUCGAAACACCCCCAUGGCCCUGUUCUCGGGAAGCGCCCUUUUUGGAACCGGCUGGGGCCCUCUCGUGUGCGGCUUCAUUGCGCAGAACACGACCUGGCGGUGGAUCUUCUACAUGCAGGCCAUCAUGAACGGGGCAGCCGUGGCCGUGAUCUGCGUCAUCUUCGAAGAAACCCGCGGCAGCGUGCUCCUCAGCCGCAAAGCGAAGGCGCUCAACAAGUGGUACGCCGCGCGCGAAGAAGCCGGAUACUACACAGUCAACAUGCCCCGGACCGACGGAAAACCCGCCAUACCCCAGCGUAUCCGCUGGAAAGUAAAGGAAGACGAGCUGCGCGCCAGCCUGAUGAGCAUGAUCCGCACCUCGCUCUUCCGCCCCUUCCACCUCCUCUUUACCGAGCCCGUCGUCUUCUUCUUCAGUCUGUGGGUCGCCUUCUCCUGGGCGGUGCUGUACCUCACGCUGGCCGCGAUCCCCCUCGUAUUCCAGCGCAACCACGGCUUCUCGCUGCAACAGGCCAACGCCGUCUUCGCUGCCAUGUGCGUGGGCGCUAUUCUAUCAACCGUCAUAUCGAUCUACCAAGAGAAGGUUGCGAAGAAGUACGGGAAGCUGGCGAGCACGCCCGAGGGCCGGCUGUACUUUGCGUGCAUCGAGAGUGCGUGCAUGCCGAUUGGGCUGUUCAUGUUUGGGUGGACGAGCUUCUCCGGCAUUCACUGGAUCGCACCGACUAUUGCUAUUGCUCUUGCGACCAUCGGUAUUUUCAGCAUCUACCUGUCGACGUUCAACUACCUAGCGGAUACUUACCAUCGGUAUGCCAGCUCGGCGCUGGCCGCGCAGAGCUUCUGCAGGAAUAUACUCGGCGGCAUUUUCCCGCUUGUGACGCGUCAGAUGUAUAAUAGACUGACAUUCGGAGGAGCCUCGAGCUUACUCGGCGGCAUUGGAACCCUGCUGACCAUCGUGCCGUGGGUUCUUGUUUUCUACGGCCCAAAGAUCCGCCGCAGGAGCAAGUUUGCGUCCGAGAUUAUGAACACUCACGACUAAUGCCUUGGUGACCGACGUUUAUGGUUGCUUAUUGCUUCUUCCCAUACAUGAUACCCCUAUCCGAAAUUGGUGCGGAAAAAUCUUUCAGGCAUAGCGUUUGUUUUUUGGCUAGGUUGGCUGUUGUUGAGUUAUCACAGCUGGAUAGAAAAAAUAGUGGAAGAACAAAAUGAUGAUAUUCACGAAACUAUCAACGUCUCCUCAAACACUGAGAGCACAGCUUCUAGCCGCGGCGUCUGGUGGUAGGCGCGGGGCUUUUUCCAGUCGCCUUUGCGUAGCUCGGGGCUCCCUUGACUGUAGAGUCUGACGAAGGACCUUUGCCCGCCG